AUGUCCGCCAGGCAAGCUGCCGGUGCUGCCAGCGCCACAGCAUCUUUGGUGUCCCAAGCCCUAGGUCCAUCCGCCCUUAACGUGACUUCCACAAGAAGCGCCAAUAAAACUCUCUCUUUACCCUUGCGCGCCUUGCGUUACACUGUCAGAACCGAGAAGUUGCUAUUGCGCAAAGCUCCUUUGUUUUUCCUUCGGCUUUCUGGUCUUCCGACUUUGGCACACUUAGUCAGUGAUGCGCUGGGAAUGCCGGCGCCGCUUGUUGGAGUGGCCGGCCAAGACGGAAUGGAGGCAGCGGCAAGACAGGCAGGACCACAAACAUGGACGGCGGCACUUUUGGAGGCAGCGGAAUUGAGCAACAUCAGGAGUCUGGGCGGCAUGUUCAAUUUCCUCUUCUCUAGAUGGGCAUUCGCCUGUCUUGCUAUGGCUUUGAUAUUGAACAGAGUCAAUGUCUACGCAUCUUCGAGACAGCGAAUCUUCUUGACAUGGGACAAGCGACUUGCUCUUCGGAUCAUCCCCAUUCUUCUCUUCGUCAGCCAGAUUCGCCAACUCCUACAAGCUAUACGAUGUCAGACGGCCCCGGAGUUCUCUCAAUUUCGUUAUGGCAAGCCUAGCAAGAGCGUCAUGCUGGACUGGGCCACGUCGGGCGGCUGGCUUCACACACUGUCAUCAGCUUUAUUGUAUGGUUCCACCGACCAAGAUGCAUGUACCGCUAUUGGGAUGGGUCGACCAUCUCCUCACGUUAGAGCACCUUAUGGCUCAUUUUCCUUACUUUGGCCGACAUUUCUACGCAUAUGCCUCUCGCAGUUGGUGGAAACGGUCUCAUGCUCAUUGCAACAGCUCCCAUUGAUGACCGAGACAGGUAUGUCCGUUUUCGAGCAUUCUCUAGCUUUCGCGGAAGCCGAGACCAUGCUCUAUAGCGCGCUAGGCUUGGGCUUCCUCGGUUCAUCGAAAUCAGCGACGGUGACAACCAUAAGUGCGGCAUCUCAGACAGCCACCACUCAACCGGCGGCAACAUUCCAUGCCUCUGCCACCGUCUUAGCUCUCACAGAUGCUGCAACAUCUUUAUCUGGGCCACAUGUCCUCGACCGCAUGAAUGUGCCGACAGAGGUUUUGCUCAUUGCGUUGCUUUCGUGUUGUAACAGUCUAUCAUCCAAUAUCAUCGCUGUAUUCAACCGCCAGCGCUCGCUACGACUGAUCAAUACUGCCAUCUGGGCCAUUUGCUUCAUGUCAGCUUUCGUCUGGGGAUUUUUGACGGUAAGCAAUCUCGCGAGGGUUGAUGCAGAUGGACGAGAAGGUCGACUCGUCAGCGGGUUACUGCAUUUUCCAACUGUUUGCAUUCUAGGCUUCACACCACAUUUGCUCAUUCUGCUUGGGAUGAGCGCUUGUGUAGGGAUCUACCUCUUGGCACUACUUCUUACUGCGCUGAGCCUCGGAUCUAAUGUGGAAAUCCCACAGCCGACAAGUCUCCGGCAGCGGUUCGUGAUUGCGCAUGAGAACUUGCAGGCAGCACUCCAGAUCAAAGGCAUAAAUAUCAAAUGGAACGAAGACGUCUACACUGCGCUAUUACGUAUUGGCUUCAUUGCUCUUACCGCAGCGUCGGAAGCCGUUUUCCUCAACGAGGGAAGAUCGGUCGAAGUUCGACGUUUUACUUGGCUUGAAGAAGAGCGCUUAGAUGAAGCACGUCUAGACCGCGAAUACCGGAUGAACCGUCCCUCAACGACCGAUUCGCAUUUCCAUAUCACCGAAGAAUAUGGCAUUCCUCCUGCUCCGGGUCUUGACGCCGCGCCCUCUGACUGGCAAAGUGGCUAUGCCAAAGAGCGCAAGCUCAAGGACGCUGAUGGCAAAAAUCGCAAUGCUGUUUUCGAAGGCGACAACGUCAUUGUAUAUCCAAAUCCCCGAACCAGCGGGGUCGGCGCAGUCCAGCGAAGUACCAGAUUUUACCUUCUUUAUUUGUUUUGGCGCGGCAUACUGUUCCUCAUGGGUGGGUGGAUUGCUUUUUUCUUGGGGUUGUGUUUAGACCAAAUAGGCAUCACGGUGCGCCCAAAUUGGCUGAGAAGGUUGAUUGGCAAGUCGCAGAAGAAAUCAACGAGCGAGAGAGAGAGAAGGAAGGUUGAUAGUCCAUCUUCACAGCACGACAUGGUUGAAUUCUGGUACUUGACCGACGAAGGGAAUUUGGUCACUCCUGACAGGGAUGAGUUGGACAUCGAACACGAGAUGCGAAGGCGAAUCAUGAUGGAGCACCCAGGAGAGGAUGCAAGAAAAGUGGAAAAGAAGGUGGAUGACAGGCUCUACCAAUGGUGGAAGAUGCACGGCUGGUUCGGCACGAAGGACGACAGUGGUGACUAUCGACCGCCACUAGAGGAGGACUUCGACGACACAACCAGCGUCAUCUCCAUGUCAACCGCUGCCAGCGCGUCCGAUGACCGAGAAUGGGAAUCAGAGUCGGAUGGUCGGCGUACCCCAACUCAAACAAGUCCAUUUCCAUCCAAUCACACAACUCGAGAAUCCACCCCUUUCGACUCACCUUUGGACACGGCCACCCUUGCUAGACUCCUUAAUCCACCAGAUCGCGCUUCAAAAGAGGAAGCCCGUCUGCUGGCAUCACAUCUCUCCGCCUCCGAUCCCGCCAACCCCACCAACCCCUGGACCUACAACAACAAAAUCCUCACCCGCUCCCAAUACCGCCGCCAGCUCGAAACCGAACGAACGCGCAUCCUCUUCGCUGGCCGUCGCCCACCUUCCCACCCCAUCUCCUCCUCCGUCUCCGCCCAACCACCACCAUCCUCCUCCUCUUCAUCAGCUCACCGCCCCCUGACCGCCGCCGAAGAAUCCGACAUCCUCGAAUCUCUUAUCCUCUCCCGCCGCCAAAAUAUGCAGCAGCCACACAGCGCAGCAUCAUCAGCUUCGUCUUCAGGUCCACUUUGCGUGGUCUGUCAGGCUUCUUCACGGACGAUCAUUGCCUGGCCGUGUCGCUGUCUCUGUGUCUGCGAGGACUGUAGGGUCAGUCUGGCCCUGAACAAUUUUGGGAACUGUGUUACUUGUCGGAGGAGCGUAGCCGGGUUUGUGAGGUUGUGGGUUCCUUGA